ACAAUCAAAAGUAUCAGUUUUCCUAUUUUUCUGCCUUCUUAGCAGCUCCCAACAUGAAGAUCACCAUCCUUGUCGUUUUCGUCAUGACUGUUGCUGUCCAAGGUUACCAGUCUUACAGAACAUCUGAAUACAACUCACCUAUGCCGUACAGUUUUUCUUGGGAUGUUAAUGACUAUGCCUCCAAGAACAAUUACGCCCAUUCCGAGAGCAGUAACGGCAAGGCAGUCACCGGCUCUUAUCGUGUCGCUCUCCCCGACGGUCGCACUCAGAUCGUUACUUACAGAGCUGACCACAAUGGAUACGUCGCUGAUGUGAAGUACGAAGGAGAGGCGAAAUAUCCUGAAUACAGGCCAACACCAUCGUAUUCUUUCCCGGCUUACCAAGCUCCUGCUCGAUCCUACUCUAUUCCUGCCUACAGAGCUCCAGCCUAUGCUACUUAUAGUGCUCCGGCUUACGCGGCGCCUGUUGCUGUUCAAGGAAAAAGAGGUUAUGUUGCUGCGCCAGGCUAUAACACUCAGCCUACAUCUAUCGCAUACAGAGGCUAAAUAGUCGUAGUUAUAACAUAAAUUUCGUAUUGCAACAGAUAACUACGUGACGUCGAUUUAGAAUUUAGAUUCACGUCUAUUGAAUAUACUAUGCCACUACAUGGGAUGAUAAAAUGUUUAACUAAAGAGCUGUAAGAUACUCUUCUAUAUCCGAUUCGAAAUAAAAUUUAUCGUAUCUCUUAAAA